AUGUCCGAAACCGCCUCCGCAACUACGGGCCAGGCUGCUGCCCCCAAGAAGAAGCUUAUCCUCAAUGCUUUUGUGGAGAGCUGCUCGGGCCAUCAGUCCCCCGGUCUUUGGCAGCACCCUGACGACCAUUCUGCCGAUUUCAACAACGUAAAGCACUGGGUCAAGCUUGCCCAGCUCCUCGAGAAGGGCGGGUUUCAUGGCAUGUUCAUUGCCGAUGUACUUGGCGCAUAUGACGUGUACAAGGGACCCAAGAACCCCGAUCCCUCUAUCAUCUCCGGCGCCCAAUGGCCUGUCAACGAGCCCCUGGGCCCAAUCUCAGCCAUGGCCGCUGCCACGGAGAGCCUAGGCUUCGGGGUUACGGUGGCGACUACCUAUGAACAGCCCUACCACCUAGCCCGACGGCUAAGUACCAUUGACCACUUGUCGGGUGGCCGUGUCGCCUGGAAUGUUGUCACCGGUUACCUCGACUCUGCCGCCCGUAACCUCGGACACACUGCCCAGCCCGAGCAUGAUGACCGCUAUGCCAUGGCUGAGGAGUACAUCGAGGUCAUGUACAAGCUUUGGCAAUCAUCCUGGAGGGACGAUGCCGUUAAGCUUGACCGCAAGACGGGUGUCUUCAUCGACCCCAAGCUCGUCCGCACCAUCGACCACGUCGGAAAAUUCUACCAAGUUCCCGGCCCCCACAUCUGCCAGCCCUCUCCCCAGCGUACCCCCGUCAUCUUCCAAGCCGGCACCUCUCGUGCCGGCAAGGCCUUCGCGUCCAAGCACGCUGAGGCCAUCUUCGUAGCCGGACAUUCUCCUUCCACCGUUGCCAAGAAUAUUGCGGACAUUCGCGCCCAGGCUCGCGAGUUCGGUCGUGAUCCUGCCUCGAUCAAGUUCUUGGCCAUGCUCUGUCCCAUCAUUGGGAAGACCACCGAAGAGGCUCAGGCUAAGUACCAGGAAUACCUGAGCUACGGCUCUGAGGACGGUGCUCUGGCGCUCUUCGGCGGCUGGACUGGCAUCGACCUCGCUCAGUACGGCGAUGACGAAGAGCUGAGGCACGUCGAGUCGAACGCCAUCCGCUCAGCCGUCGAGUCCUGGAGUAAGGCUAGCCCGACAGUAGCCAAGUGGACGAAGCACACAGUGGCAAAUCACAUCAAGGUUGGCGGCCUCGGUGCUACCGUUAUCGGUACCGCCGAGGAGGUCGCCGAUGAGAUGGAGAGGUGGAUCGCCGAGGCCGAUAUUGACGGCUUCAAUCUGGCCUAUGCGCUUAUGCCUAGGACUUUCGAGGAAGUCAUUGAGCAUCUUGUUCCCGUGUUGCGGAAGAGGGGUCUUCUUCAGGAUGGACCAGUGGUGCCUGGAGGUACCUUCCGAGAGAAUUUGUAUGGACAGCCAGGUCUUGCGAGGCCACCGGCGGACCACCCGGCCGCUAAAUAUCACUGGAAGGCCGAGUGA